AUGUUGCCGGAGGAAGUUCAGAGGGUUUAUCGGGGUUUUGGAGACUCCUCUUCCUCGUCUUACGUUGUUAAAUCAGAGCCACCGACCACGGCCACCCCUGCCACCCAACCACCGCCACCUCCCACCACCGGCGCCGGAAUAACCGGCCAAAGACGGCAGAAAUACCGAGGAGUCCGGCAAAGGCCGUGGGGUAAAUGGGCCGCCGAGAUUCGGGACCCACAGAAGGCCGCCCGUGUAUGGCUCGGCACAUUCGACACUGCCGAGGCCGCCGCCAGAGCCUACGAUGAGGCUGCCCUCCGUUUCCGCGGCCACCGCGCGAAGCUCAACUUCCCCGAGAAUGCCCGAAUCCCACCGCCACCUCAUCAGCAGCCGCCCCACCGCCAACUGCUGGCCGCCCCUUCGCCGCCACCUCCACCGCCACUUUCCGAGGCGGCCGCUGCCAGAGACUAUUUGGAAUACUCGCGUCUGCUCCAGGGCAGCAUCGACUUUCAGCCGCCUCAAUCAACAUCAACAUCGCUCGAGAGCUUAUUCUACGACACGUAUCAACACCAACCGAGCGUGGAUUAUUACCCCUCUAUUCCCCGUUUUUCUUCGUACGACGAGCCGUGGUUUGUUUCUCAAUCGUUGUCUUCGAAUGUCCACGAUCCCCUGCCGCUCGGGAGUGGGCAAACGAUACAUUUCGGGACUCCGGGAGAGGAUCGACCGGCACAAGGUGGCGGUCCCCGUUCGGAUUUUCCGGACGGGCCGCGGAG